AUGUUCACCAAGUCAAUGCUCUGCUUCUCCCUGGCCGCGGCCCUCAUUGCUGUCUGCCACUCCAGUCCGCUUCCGGACGAGAAUGGCAAGUAUAAUCCCAACAACGACGGCAGAUAUCGUGCCACCGAUGAUGGACGUUACCAUGCGAGUUCACAAAACGAAGGAUGGAGUGGUUCGCAAGACAGUUUAGGUCGCUACCAUCAUAUGGUGCAGCCCUAUAACCAUGUGAGUGAUCACCGUGAGCUCGGAGUGUACCAUCACAUUCCCUACCCCUAUGAUGGCGGCUAUGGACCCUAUUCCGGCCUGAAUCUUCCCUAUGUCCAUGAUGACAGGCCCUACAACCACGACCUGUACACAAGUACGACCACAAAGAAACCCACAACUACCACCAAAAGGACGACGACGACUACCACCACGACGACCACCACGCCCAGGAAUAUCCUGUUUAACUAUGACGACGAGGGCGGCCACAAGAUCCUGCACCAGGAGGAGGUCCGCGCCAAGGACAAAUACGAUCAUGCUUACCUGACCGAGAACGGAAUCUAUGGCGAGGAACAGGCCAAGCUCCAUCAUACUGGUGGCACCCAUGCCAAGGGCUACUACGAGUACACCGGUGACGAUGGCAAGCUUUAUCGCGUGAACUAUGCCUCCAAUGAUGGUGGUUUCAUGCCCCAGGGGGAUCACAUUCAUCCCAUACCCGAGCCCAUUGCCCGUGCCCUCAAGUACAUUGAGGAGCAGCACAAGGCCAAUGGAGGCGCUCAGUUCGAUCAUCGUGGCUUCCGCAUUAACCACAUGACCAAGGACAUUAAGGCCCAGAUCAAGGCGAUGGACCUCAAGCAUAUGCCGAAGGCGCUAAGCGAACAAAUCCUUAUGCUCGAGCAUGAGGUGGAGCUGGCUGAGGAAGAGGAGCGCGAAGAGCAGGCCGAGAUGGAGCGCCAGCGCAAAGCCAAGUUGCACUAAGAACUGAACUUGGAGCGGGUUCACCCCAGACUCGCCUCAUCCACAGCCAUAACAUAUAUGUUCCCCGCUACCAAAUCAAAUCCCCUGACCAGUCCUAGUCCAUCCAGAACCCAGCACCCAACUCCAUUCCCCAUGCAUUGCCUAAGAGAUCAUGAUCAUGAUUAUGAUCCUUGGCCAAACACUAUAACAAGCCAUCGCAAAACCACAAAAAAAGGAAAAGGAAGAAUAGGUGAAGAAUGACAGCAUCAUCGAAUUGCAACCGGAAAACAUCCGUAUCUAUAUAUAUA